GGGCGGGCGGGCGGGCGGUGGCUUUGCGCUCUGGCUCCGCUUCUCUCCGUGUGUGUCCGGCUUGUGGGCGUGUUCGGAGGGAGGCCGGGAGAGCGGGCGGGGAUCAGCCUCCUUCUCCUGCCUUGCCUUGAAGUUGUGCGCGGCCAGCUGUCUCUGCGGGGCGGCCAUGCCUCUCCUCCUCCUCCUCCUCCUCGGGCGGCGCUUGGAGCGGGAGGCGGCGUGAUGCCGAGGCGGCGGCGGUGGCAGCCCCCUCGGCGGCGGCGCUGGGCGCUGGGCUUGGCGCUCUACACGCUCCUGGUGCUGCUCCUGGCCUCCCUCGUGGGCAGGGGCGGGAAGGGGGAGGGGGGGGAGGAGGAGGGCGGGGGAGCGUCGCCGCGCGUGUCCCGGCGCUGCCCGAGCCCGGAGGCGGCGCUGGGCGAGUGGGGCUGGGGCGAGGAAUUAGAGGACGAGGGGGCGGCGGGCAACGGGACUGCCAACGGGAGCCUGGCGGUGGAGCGCGCUCCCUCCGGGCGGCGCCAGCUGUACCUGCACGCGACGUGGCGGACGGGCUCGUCGUUCGUGGGCGAGCUGUUCAACCAGCACCCGGGCGCCUUCUACCUGUACGAGCCCAUGUGGCACCUGUGGCAGGCGCUGUACCCGGGCGACGCGCGCAGCCUCCAGGGCGCCCUGCGGGACAUGCUGGGCGCGCUCUUCCGCUGCGACUUCUCCGUCCUGCGCCUCUACUCGCCGCCGCCUUCCUCCUCGUCCUCCUCCGCCAACCUGAGCACGGCCUCGCUCUUCGGCUGGCGCACCAACAAGGCCAUCUGCUCGCCGCCGCUCUGCCCCGGGGCGGCGCUUCCCCGCGCGUCGGUGGGCCUGGUGGACGGCGCGGCCUGCGAGCGCCUCUGCCCGCCCCGCGCGCUGCGGGACCUGGAGGCCGAGUGCCGCAAGGCGCCGCUGGUGGUGGUGAAGGACGUGCGCCUCCUCGACCUCUCCGCCCUGGCGCCGCUCCUCCGCGACCCGGGCCUCGACCUGCGCGUGGUCCAGCUCUUCCGCGACCCGCGCGCCGUCCACAACUCCCGCCUCCGCGCCAAGCGCGCCCUCCUCCGCGAGAGCCUCCAGGUCGUGCGCAGCCGCCGCGGGCCCGGCCUCGCCGACGCCUUCCCGCCCCGGCAACAGCAGCAGCCCCGGGCCGAGGCUCUGCUCAGCGGGGCGUUGGAGGUGAUCUGCCAGGGCUGGCUGCGCGACCUGCGGCUCCAGCGCGCCGCCCCGCCGCCCCUCCGCGCCCGCCUGGCCCGCCUCCGCUACGAGGACCUGGUGCGCGACCCCCGCGGGCAGCUGCGCCGCCUCCUCCGCUUCGCCGGCCUGCCCUCGCCGCCUGCCCUCGAGGCCUUCGCCCUGGACAUGACCCGCGGCCGGGCCCCCGCGCCCGACGCCCCGCCCGCGCCCUUCCUGGUCUCCGCCCGCGACGCCCGGCACGCCCUCCGCGCCUGGAAGGAGCGCCUCAGCCGCGCCCAGGUCCGGCAGGUCGAGCGCGCCUGCGCCCCCGCCAUGCGCCUCCUCGGGUACCCGCUCAGCCGCGAGGACGAGGCAGCUGGAUGUCCUCCGUCCAACCUUCAUCUUGUUCUUUUACAGAGGAAGCCUGCGAAGAUUGUUACCAGUCCCUUUGCUGAACUGAAAGAGAUGUUGUGCUGUGUCGUGACCUUGGCUUCACAACAGGUUAAUUGACCAGCAGCAAACCUGUGACAGAGGCAAUGGAAGAGCACCCAUGCAUUCCACAGACAUUGGAGCCCUCAGUAAAUUGCAACUACUGCAGGUUCUGCAUGACAAAAUGACUUCUGAAUUUCAC